AAUGCCCCAUCUCUGUUCACCUUAUUUUUGCUUUCCCUUUACUGUUUCUCUCUCUCUCUCUCUCUGGUUUCCUCCAUUGCAAACCAAGCUUCCUUUCCAGCUUGCUGAGGCCCCUCUCCUUCACACAGACAAAAAAAAACCCACCAACCAUUUUACCCACCUUUUCUUCCUUUCCCCUCUAGAAUCCCACCCCAUAUUCUACACACAUAAAUUCCCUCUCUCUCUCUCUCUCUCUCUCUUUCUCUCUCUCUCUCUCUCUCUCCCUUCAAAGAUUAGAUUUUUGUCUGUCCUUCCCUCUCCUCCUCUCUUUUCAUUCCAUCUUUUUCUCAAAUUUUUAUUGUUUUUUGAAUUCUUUUGGCCCACUUGAAGGCCACAACCCCUUCUCUCCCAACUUGCAAACUACUCCUCUGGAAAUUUUUUGCCUUUUUGGACAUCUGGGUUUUGGUGGGUUUUUUGCGUUAUGUUUCAGGUCUGCAUUGGCCUCUUAUGCCCAUUGAGUCUCUCUUGAUUAAAAAGGAAGCUCCUUCUCUGCUCAUCUGGCUGCUCAAGGAAGAAGAUCAAGGGGGUUAGCUUAGAUUGCUGCAAAGUGCAAAGGUUGGAAUGUCUUAAUUUUUUUUCGGGGCACUGAAAGUCAGAACACCAAGCCGGAUUUGAUAUAUUGCAUCUGGAGGAUAAGAAUGUCAUCCGGGAGUUCAACUUCUUUGAAUGUGGAAUUAUCAAAAAAGAUAGGAUUUUUGGGUUUGAAACUAUGGGUUGUAAUCGGUAUAUGUGUUGGUGCAUUUAUUGUUUUGAUCCUAUGUUUCUUAUCUAUAUGGGUUUCAUUUCGGAGGAAGUCUCGAAGAUCAGUGGACAAGUUCCCAGUCACCCAAAUACCAAAUGUCUCUAAAGAUAUCAACAUUGAUAAGAUGGCGGCUCAGGGUACCCAUGAUCACCCUGAUAAUUUAUUUCAUUCAGUACAUGAUAAAGCAAGUGAUAAGAAUUCAGAGAAGAUGUUAGUUCAAUUAGGCACUAGCAAAUCGAUUGAUCCUAAUAACAUGAGUCAGUGCAGCUCAAUUUAUCAUCAUGAGAGGGCACUUAGUUCACAGUCGGGGGAAGAAGGAAGCUCUGGGACUGUGCGAAAGCAGUCGUCAUUGUCUUGUGGAGGACUUGUUGCAGCCUCUCCUUUAGUUGGCUUGCCAGAAGUUUCUCAUCUUGGGUGGGGUCACUGGUUCACUCUUAGGGAUCUGCAAUUUGCUACAAAUCGUUUUUCUGCAGAAAAUGUGCUUGGUGAGGGGGGAUAUGGAGUUGUUUACAAGGGCAGGCUGAUCAAUGGAACUGAGGUGGCAGUGAAAAAACUCUUAAAUAACUUGGGGCAGGCAGAGAAAGAAUUUAGGGUUGAAGUGGAGGCCAUUGGUCAUGUUCGGCAUAAGAAUCUUGUGCGGCUCUUGGGUUACUGCAUAGAAGGUGUUCACAGGAUGCUGGUGUAUGAAUAUGUGAACAAUGGAAAUCUAGAGCAAUGGCUACACGGGGCCAUGAGCCAACACGGCACCCUUACUUGGGAGGCUCGCAUGAAGGUGAUUCUUGGUACUGCUAAAGCGCUUUCUUAUCUACAUGAAGCUAUAGAACCAAAAGUUGUCCACAGAGAUAUAAAAUCAAGCAACAUUUUGAUUGAUGACGAGUUCAAUGCCAAGGUUUCUGAUUUUGGACUGGCUAAACUCUUGGGUUCAGGAGAAAGUCACAUCACGACUAGAGUCAUGGGGACUUUUGGUUAUGUGGCACCAGAAUAUGCUAAUACUGGCUUGUUAAAUGAGAAGAGCGACAUCUACAGCUUUGGUGUCCUCCUACUUGAAGCAGUUACGGGAAGGGAUCCUGUGGACUAUGGCCGACCAGCUAAUGAGGUCAAUCUAGUUGAGUGGCUAAAGUUGAUGGUAGGUGCAAGAAGAGCCGAGGAAGUUGUGGAUCCAAACCUUGAAGUUAAACCCAGUACACGUGCCUUAAAACGUGCCCUUUUGGUUGCACUUCGGUGUGUUGAUCAUGAUUCGGAGAACAGGCCCAAAAUGAGCCAGGUUGUGCGUAUGCUCGAAGCUGAUGAAUACCCAUUUCGUGAGGAUCGAAGGAACAGAAAGAGUCGUACAUCCAGCAUGGAUAUGGAAUCUAUGAAGGAAAGUUCUGCCUCUGUCGACAUAGAAAAGAAGCCAGGGGAUCUAGAAAAGAAGCCAGGGGAUCUGGAGAGCCAAAUAUCCGAGACAAGCCAUGGAUAGGACUGACAAACGCGUGAGCUUGGUGAACGAUAUUAGCUCGUCACCUUCCAAAGUAGCUUUCAGUAACCCGUCAAUACAAUCUCAAAGUUUCUUUUCAACAAAAUUUCUAAAAUUAUGAGAGGAUUCGGAUUGGAGAUAGCGCAUUUUGAUCCCGAAGCAUUCAAUCCCGAUCCUUCAAGAAGGAAGAGAGAUGCUCCCAACUCCAUAAGCUGGGAAUUUUCACAGAGAGAGAGAGAGAGAGAGAGAGAGAGAGGUUCUCGUUGUACAUAUGUUUCUUGGGGACCAGUGGGGGUUCUGUUUCGUAAUUGAUUACUGCUCUUCGGAUAGUGAAAUGAUACCUAUUAUCUUUAUUUAUUUUUUUCAUUAAUUUUAUUUUUAAAUUAUCAUUUUCUGUCAGAAAAACAAGGCAUUGGAUUAAUGAUGAUGAUUCUCCUUUUCCCUUUA